AUGGAGAUCUUACGAAAUGUAGAAUUUGAAAACAUAAAUUUAAACGUCGUUAAAGAUCUAUUUAACCAAUCACCACAUCUUGGCGUCAACAUAGUAUUCUCACUCGGUGCUGACGUGAACGUCUGUGCUGAUGGCACUGGGGAAACGCCGUUAUUCUGUGCUGUUCGUCAAAAUAAUUUGGAAAUGUCUAAAUAUCUCAUUGAACUUGGCGCUGACGUUAAUCUCAAGUGUUCUAAACACAAACACUUGGUCGAUAACAAUGCUGUUGUUGAUGCCCGAGCAGAAGAUGGGAACAGGCCUCUUUUGGCUGCUGCUUUUCGUGGACAUAUCGAUGUGAUGAAACGUUUACUGGCGCAUGGAGCUGAUCUUAACAGCAGAACCAAAAGAAGUCAUUGGAUGGCAACAGUUUUACAUGAUGUUCUUUUUUCUACUAAAUCUGAAGUUCUUGAAUUUCUAUGCAAUCUGGAUGAUGAAGCAACUAAUGUUAAUACGUUAACGAAAAAUAAUAUUUCGCUACUUCACUGUUUUCUCAAGUACUUUGGUAGGGUAGAUUGGAUUAUCCAUACUUUACUUAAUGCUGGCAUAGAUGUUAAUGUCGUAGAUUGUGACGACAAAUUAGCUAUUGACUACAAGAAACAAACCCAUGAUCCAGAGAAGGUUCAUCCUGAUAUUGUGAUUGUUCAACAGCAUAUUGUUUAA